UCGCCAGAGCAGAAGAAUCCAUACUCGCAAUUCUGGAUUCGAUAGGCGGAAGUCAAGCCAGUGCAAUACACGCCACACCCUUACUUCUCCCUAAUGUACAUUCCACGCUCCCUUUUCUCGUCCGCCUACGCCCACUUGAAAGAGAACGCAAACCCUUCGACAACCUCGGUUUUGAUCCUGUGCGCCCUCGACACCGAUUCCCUAUGUGCAGCACGCAUCCUCGCAUCCCUCCUGAAGCGAGACUACAUUCUGCACCAGAUCAAGCCGGUAGCCGGGUAUCAAGACCUCGAGAAGGUGAAUGAGAAGUUGGUCAAAGGCAACGAUGAAUUGAAGUUUAUUGUGUGUCUGGGGUUGGGGGGAUUGGUUGAUAUGUCGGCAUUUCUGGAACUUACGAGAGAAGAUGGUUUAGAGUGCUGGGUCAUAGACGGACGGAGGCCGUGGAAUUUGUACAAUGUCUAUGCUGGUGGGAAGGAGGGCGAUGAAGACGUUGCUGCUAGAGGUGGAAAGGUUACGGGCGGUCGUCAUGGCGUUGGCGAGAGUGUUGGCGGGAUCAAGUGCUUUGACGACGGUGAUAUUGCGGAGGAGAUGCAACGGGAGCGAGACGCGUUCAAGGUCUUGAUCGAUAUGCCGGAGAUAGAUGAUGACAGCGACAGCGACGAGGACGACGACGAUGACAACGAAGAGACAGUGGUUAGUGAUGGCGAGGAAGGAGAGGGCGGCGUCGAUCUCGACCUACACAGUAGCCAGAAUAGCGGCCGUAAACGGAAGAGUUCCAACGAUCCGAUGGAAGAUAGCGAAGACGAGGAUGGUGCAGCCAGAUCACGACGGCCACGGAUAGACAGCGAUGCGGGGGUAAUUUCUUCCGGCACCUCCACUCCUGUACUUCACAAACAUACCCUCCUCUCGCAUGCGUCCUCUCGCCCCAUGGGAUCGUCGCCCCCACCACUAGGCGGUGGCAGUGAUCUCGUUCCUACUUCACCAUCACAGCAUCUCCCAUCGGAACCGCAGCUACCACUCCCUGGAGUAUCAGCUGCAACUCUCCGCCGUAAACUUCGCCGAUUACGACGGAAACAUGAGUCGACAAUCGUGGCAUAUUAUUCACAGGGAACCUGGUACGGCGAACCUGUUUCGAGUCUUCUUUACUCCCUCGCUGCCGAUUUGGGCCGUGAAGACAACGACAUCCUUUGGCUCUCCAUUGUCGGAGUGUGUGCCGGUGAAACAUACGGCCGCACUAUAAACUCUGGGCCUCCUCGAAUUGCCGGUGGUGGAUGGGGUGCCGAUACUCGUGAGGAUCAGAUACGCGGCAUUCUGAAGGAUGAAGUUCGCCGGUUGAACCCACCUGAUCUGAAUGGAUCUUCAGCUAUGGGCUCCGGAAACGCCAAUGGUGUUUCGGGAGUCACAGCCCUGCAGACGACGGCACGAUCACCUUCCGACACGAGCAUACGUAUCAGCCCGGAAUAUCGGUUCAUGCUGAUCAGGCACUGGUCGCUAUACGAUUCUAUGUUGCAUUCGUCGUAUCUCGGGACGAAGCUACACAUCUGGUCCGAAAGUGGACGGAAGCGGCUCCACAAACUGUUGGCAAAGAUGGGUUUCAGCCUCAGCCAGUGUAAGCAGAGCUACACACACAUGGACAUGGAUCUUAAACGGACAUUAAAGGAGAAGCUCGAGCGAUACGCACCGCUCUACGGUCUGGAUGGUGUCGUGAAAGAAGGGUUCGUGCGCUGCUGGGGAUGGCGGGGAUGUCUCAGCGCGGCAGAUGUUGCGUACGUCGUUGGCGGAAUCCUCGAAGUCGGGAAGGGCAAGAAGGCGGGACAGAAGAGUGGCUUGGUUGAUCCUAAUGAAGAAAUCAGCGAAGAAGCGGGCCGUCUAGAGGAAGAAAAGGAAGUUGAGGAGUGGAUCACCAACUUCUGGGAUGCCUACGAUUCUUUGACCAAUGUUGAGCAACUCAAAUCAGCCCUUCCCAUCGCCAUGAACCUUCAUCGAGCCAUCUUACGCACCGGAACGGCGCUAAUCGAGAAGCGUCAAAUCCGCUUGUUGAAAGCCUUUCGCCUUGCGGUCGUAAAAGAGGGCCCUGAUCUCGCAGUGUUUACACAUCCUAACGCACUCUCGAAGCUGGCACUCUGGAUAUCAGAAGCCAUUCUGGAGCAGGAACGUGAAGCUUCGAAGAAGAAGCAUUUGCCGCUUGUUGUUGCCUCGCUGAACGAGCGGAGGGGCGUCUAUGUCGUCGUCGGAACCGCUCUCGGAUCGCAUGUCGCCAAUACCCUCAAAAUCCAGAAGAAGAAAGAGGAGGCCGCCAAACAAGCCGAGAAGGAUGAAACACGGCGGAAGCUCGAAGAGGAGGGUCUUGACGACGAAGAGGAGGAGGAAGAGGACGACAGUGACGAUGACAGCGACGACGAGCAUGAAAUGGAGCGGAAGGGCGGAAGGAAUCGUUUCGGUAUUGCUUUCCAAGACGUGGCCACUUCCACCCAGGCACGUAUCCGGAUCGACAGCUUCGAAUCGACGGUAGUUGAGGUCAAGCGAGACGAUCUUGCGGGCUUCCUCGAGUCGCUUUCCCUUAACCUGAAUCUCCAGUGAGCUUUCUGGUUCGAUUUCGCUGGAGUGGUGUCAUAGCAGACUGGACUUCUCUUCUUUCUUCCCCCAUUUCUCUUCUUGUGUAUACUUACUUUCUUACCCGUCUUAUUGUAUGUGUUGAAUGAUACUGGUAGCUUCGUUU